UGUAAAUAAUCAAUGAUAAUAUAGUCUAAUAAUGUUUCAGUUAAUAGUGUGUUUGGUUAGUGUUUUUACCUUAUCAGCCAGUCGAGAACGUCUAGUUAUGCAUGGUAGAUACACGAGAUCUAUAAAUAACUACCAUCUUUCAAUUCCCCAUAAAGUAAACCUUGAUGGUGAGUUUUCAACAUUUAGUCUUCCGCAUUUUUACGAACAUAAUGUUGAAUUGUAUAACAAAAGGAAAAAAAGAGAGCUACUAGAUAAUACUGAAAUUAUCUAUUAUGGAAUGCCUAUAGAAGAAAAAUUAUAUUAUAUAGAACUGGAGCCCAAUAGGGAUUUUAUGCAUCCCAAUUUGGUAUUUGAAAAAAGAAAUCCGAUCAUUCCUAUUAAAGACAGAGACACACGAGGCAUCGAAACUAUGAAACUAUGUCACUAUAAAGGAAAAGUUAAAGGGAUACCGAAAUCAAGAGUAGCUUUAUCUACAUGUGACGGCUUGGCUGGAUAUGUCAUGAUUGAUGACAAGAAAUACUACAUAGAACCUGUAGAUCAGCAUGGUGCUAAUUCUAAAGGACAACAUUUACAUGUGGUUUAUGAAAGCCAUCCUGAUGCAGAUAAGAUGAAAUGUGGUACUGAAUCUCCUUGGAUACCUCCAAGCGAAGAAAAUCAACAAAUAAUGGAAAAAAGAGAGUUGGAAAGUAAAGAAAAAUACUUGGAAGUUUUAGUAGUAUGCGAUAAGUCAUUUCUGAAGUAUCAUAAGCACAGGGAAGUGGAGCUUUAUGUAAUGACCAUAAUGAACAUGGUUUCUGAUGGCUUUCACGAUGGCAGUGUGGGAUAUGAAGUUGAUGUAACAGUUGUUAGAAUAAUAUAUUUAGAAAGGGAAGAAAAGGAAAUUGAUCUGGAGAUUAACAAAAACGCGGAAUCUACAUUAAACAGUUUUGCAAAAUGGGCUGAAAAAAUAAAUGCUCCUAUAGACAGUCCCAACCAUCAUGAUAUGGCAGUUUUGUUAACACGAUAUGAUCUUUGUGGUGAAGGAGACGAUUGCGGCUUAACAGGACUUGCAAAUGUAGGCAAGGCCUGCGACAAAAACGGUUAUGCAGGUUGCAUAAAUGAAGAUGCAGGUUUGCCACUGGCUGUCAUUGUUACUCACGAGCUAGGUCAUUUGUUAGGCUCCGAUCAUGACGAGUCUGAAAACCCCUGUCCAGCUAAAGAUACCGAUAACUCGUAUUUUAUUAUGUCUCCAUAUGUUCAUUUGUUUACUAUUAGAUGGUCAAGUUGUUCUAGGAAAGAUAUUUCAAAGUUUUUUGAUGCAAAUAAAGGAACUUGCCUAGAAGACGAGCCUUCAUCUACAAUGUAUCCGUACACCAACAAAAUGCCAGGGGUUGUCUACGGUGAAGAGGAGCAAUGCAAAUUUAUAUUUCCCGCUAGUCCUGGUGCAUGCCACCCUAGAAAAGUACAAUUUUGCGAGAAUCUUUUGUGCAAAACCGAGGAUGCAACUCAGUGCAUGGGUAUGAAUGAUGAAGGUCCGGCUGAUGGUACAAAAUGUGGAGAAAAUAAGUGGUGUUUUCGUCGAAAAUGUGUAGAAAUGGGUGGAAGGCCUGAAGCCGUUAACGGCGGCUGGGGUGAAUGGCAAGCUUGGUCUGACUGUAGUAGAACAUGCGGUGGCGGCAUAGCAGUCCAAGAAAGAUUGUGCAACAACCCUGAACCGGCUAACAAAGGCAGAUAUUGUAUUGGUGAACGAAAGCGACUGAAAAUUUGUAAUUUUCAGUCUUGUCCAGAAGAUGCUCCUAGUUUCCGUCAAACGCAAUGUACUGCAAAAAAUAGCGAUCCAUAUAAUGGUCAGUUGUUAGUUUGGACUGCUGUUUGGAUAUCAUCUUUACCAUGCGCUUUAGUAUGUUCCAAUCCCCAAGUAGGAAAAGUAGUAUUAUCAAACGUAGCCAAAGAUGGCAGUAUAUGCAAUCCCGGAACAAGAGAUAUUUGCAUAAAGGGAAUUUGUACGCCCGUUGGAUGCGAUCAUAAAUUAAAUUCGGAUGCUAUCGAAGAUAGAUGCGGUAUCUGUAAUGGAGAUGGAACUCAAUGCAAAUUUGUGGAGGGGACUUUUGAAAAUGAAAUAGGACGUUUAAAUUCUGCGAAGACAGUAGUGACGAUACCGGCAGGUGCCAGGAAAAUCCGCGUCGAGGAAAAAUCCGAAUCGGAAAAUUGUCUCGCUGUCGCCGACGUCGAUCAAAAGCAUUUCUUUCUCAAUAAAGGCGGGAUGACUUCGUCGCAAGGGGAGCACAAAAUAGCGGGCAGUAAAGCGUUUUAUCGACGAAUGGGAGAGGAUCAAGAUCAGCUCCUUAUCAAUGGACCUAUAAAAGAAGACAUUGUAAUAUUGUAUUUAUAUUAUCAAAGCGAAAAUGUGGGAGUGGACUACAGUUGGGUGGAAGGAGAAGUUGACACUAACUAUGAACCAAAAUAUAGCUGGGAAAUAGGGCAAUACAGUUCUUGCAGCGCUCGCUGCGGAGGCGGAACACAGGAAGCCGACUGGAUUUGCGUGGAGGAAAAAGCCGGAAAAGUUAGUCCGAACUUUUGUAAUGGCAUCGAUAAACCGGCCAGGGAGGCGGACGUGAAAAACUGUAACGAAAAUCCCUGCGAAACUCGGUCAUUGGAGAGCAGAGAAGAUGUGGGUGAGUCACCAGAACUGGCGGAUGUGACAAAAUUUUGGAAAGACAUCUGGUCAAACAAUAUUAACCACCGCGAAAACGCUCCAUGGAUAUGCGUACAAGAACAGAAAUUACGUGGAAACCUAAUGAACCCAGUAACAGUAACAACCGAUGAUGUCAGAAAAGUAAUAUCAAAACUAGCAAACUCGAAAGCCCCAGGAAAAGACGGGAUCCAGACCUUUGGUUCAAAAGACUUACCUGUUCACACGCAUGUUUGGCAUCACAAUUUAACAGAGUCCUACAAAAACCAGAGGAACUUCCAAGUUUCCUCACAAGUGGAGUUACCUACCUUCUCCCGAAAUCCGAGAAUACCAAAGACCCGUCGCAAUACAGACCGAUCACCUGUCUACCUACAUUGUAUAAAAUUCUUUCUGCUAGCUCUUGUCUGUAAAGAACAGAUCACUAUAGAUGCUGUAAUUCUCGAGCAAGCACGCCAAAGCCAAAGAAAUGUAUGCAUGGCAUACGUAGAUUACCAGAAGGCCUUCGAUUCAAUACCUCACAGCUGGCUUUUAAAAGUGCUGGAGAUUUACAGUAUCGAUAAAACCAUCAUAAAUUUCCUACAGCAUACUAUGGCCAAAUGGAAUACUUCACUAAGUAUCAAACAUCAAGAGUCAAAUAUAGAAUCUGGAAUUAUAAGAUUGCAGAGAGGAAUCUUCCAGGGGGACUCCUUGUCUGCAUUAUGGUUUUGCCUUGCUCUGAACCCAAUAUCCGAAACACUUAAAGAGACAGGGUUCGGUUUUACCUUAAAAUUUGGAAAAAAUUCAGAAGUUAUCAGCCAUUUGCUCUUUAUGGAUGACUUAAAAAUCUACGCGGCAAACCAAAAGCAACUAGACGCUGCCAUCUGUCAUCAUCAUGACACUGAUAUUGCCAUGGACUUCGGUGUCAAAAAGUGCCAAAAAGUAACCGUUGAGAGACGAAAACUGAUUGAGGGACCUGAACUUCAAUUGAACCCAAACACAAAAAGCUGUGGUAAAGUGGACAACAACCUCACUACACUUAACCUGAACGCUGAUAACCAUGGCCACCUGUCUGUAAAAAACAGAGAGCAGUCACUUAGAGAGUGGGGCUCGAAAGCUUUGCAUGGACGUUUUUACAACGAGCUGCAGCGAGAAACGGUCGACAAACAAGCAUCUGUUCAAUGGCUCGUCGAUGGGUACUUGUUUCCAGAAACGGAGGGCUUCAUGAUUAGCAUCCAAGACCAGGUUACCGCUACACUGAGCUAUAGGAAGUUUAUUAUGGAAGAGAAUAUAACCUCAGUUUCGUGGCGGAAAUGCAAAAUAGAGUCGGAGACAAUUGAACAUAUUCUCUCAGGGUGUCAGCUACUGGCGGGAACAAAAUAUGUGGAAAGACAUGACAGAGUAGCCACGAUAGUCUAUUUAGAACUACUAAAAAACUAUUCUUUUGAAGUUGAAACAAGCACAAGAUAUUACCAAUAUAAGCCAGCGCCGGUAGUGGAGAAUACAAGGGCCAGGGUAUACUGGAAUAAAGGAAUUAUAGCUGACAAGACGAUACCCCAUAACAAACCCGACAUAACAGUAAUUGACAAACAACAUAAUAAUGCAUUCCUCAUCGAUAUUUCCAUACCGAACAAUCACAAUAUGGAUAGAAAGCAUAGAGAAAAGGUUGAGAAAUACACCGAAUUAAAACGCGAAAUUAAAGAUAUGUGGCGGCUCAACGAGGUCAAAAUUGUUCCGAUCAUCCUGACAUCAAUGGGACUGAUACCAAUAAAUUUGAAAAAUUCUCUGGAAGAUAUUGGAAUUCAAUACAAGACUUACCGUAAAAUGCAAAAGUCGGUAAUACUUGACGCAACCAACAUCGUCAGGUCUUUCUUAGAGUAG